AUUCCUGAGAUGAGGAAGAAACAAAAAAACCAAGCGCAAAGGAGAAAAUCAGGACACGAGGACAUGAGAAAGCGUCUCAAGUCAGCAGCAGGAGUCCCUGGCCCUGCUUUUGGCCGAGGGAGCAGAGAGGCAAGGAAGUAGCUCAGAGUGAGAAGGAAGAAGAUACGGAAAAUCACACAGAGAGAACUCGAACAAGAAGGUGGUUGCCAGGACUCUGUUACACACACAUCUGGAUUCCAGCAGCGACCUGGAGUUUUCUGGGGAGGGCACACAGCGAGGCAGGAGCAUGUGGCUGUAUUCAGGUCUGCUCCUUCUCUGCUUCCAAGGUUGCUUAUCUCUGACGGGACCUGGCUCUGUGUCUGGCUACGUAGGAGGCUAUCUCCGCGUGCAGUGUCAAUACAGACAAUCCUAUAAGGGCUACAUGAAAUACUGGUGCCGAGGACCACAUGACACCACGUGUAAAACUAUUGUAGAAACCGAUGGAAGUGAGAAAGAAAAGAAGAGUGGUCGAGUGUCCAUCAGAGACCAUGUUGAGAACUCCACCAUCACAGUGAUCAUGGAGGACCUCAGAGAAGACGACGCUGGGUCUUACUGGUGCAAGAUUCAGACUUCCUUUAUCUGGGAUUCGUGGUCACGUGACCCUUCGGUCUGCGUCAAGGUGCAUGUUUUCCCAGUCACAACCCCCAUGGAGACCACACUCCCAGCCACAACUGCUACCCUUUCACUAGUGAAUUCUGGACAGAACCUGAGGAUUAGUACUAAUGCAGUGUUCUUCUUCCAACUAUGGUCCCUGCUCAGCGGCAUCCACUUCCAGGUCCUGACCUUCCUGAAGCUGCCUCUGUUUCUGAGCAUGCUCUGUGCCAUCUUCUGGGUGAACAGGCUUUAGGGGAUUCCUAGGGGUAUGUAGAGUGACCUGCCCAAGAGCUAUGAAGCAAAGCAUCCCAGGAAUGCCCUGGGAGGGACUCAGCCCUGCAGACUGUGUGAGAGACACAUUGGAUUCUGGAUCAACUCUGCAGUGCCUGGAUUCUGGACUUCAUUGUUCUGUGUUUCAAAGGGGAGCCCUGAUUAUCAGAGUCUUGGAUAUCAGACUCCUGUGUUGUCCUCAGAGUAAACAAGGGAAUGAGGUUGGGAGUAAUGGCACAUGCCGUUAAUCCCAGCACUGGAGGGGCAGACCCAAGUGAAUUUCUGUGAGUUCAAGGCUAGCCUGGUCUAUAUAGUGAUUUCCUGGACAGCCAGGGCUACAUAAUAAGACUCUGUCUCAAACACCCCCCCCAAAAAGAGGGAACAAAACUCUUCUGCACCCUGUGUUAGAGGUCUGCCUUUCCCUUCUCCAAAUUUCCUGGAGUCUGCUCUCAUGUCAGCUCCAAAGGGUAAGAAUCUUCUAGAAGUUUCUGGAAUAGAAGUCUAGUCUCUUGAUCUUCUCAAUGCCAUAAAAGCAUUGUUUUCAAUGGCAACAAUCACCCACUUACUACAGAGAAGAGUUUUCUGAGGAACAUGUCCCUCAUAGAUUACUUACAGGCCAUGCCCCCUCUUCUAGAACAAUCCUAAAGGAAUUGGCUUCUGGCAGAGCAUUUCCACUGCCGACUCCCGAAGCACACAACAUUCUUUGACCUCAUUGGAUCCUUUUAGCUCACUAUGAUCUUGAAGCCUCCUUAUGUUCCCCAUGACCAGAAAGCAUGUGUCAGAGUUCAGCACAUGCUUGCCUGUGAUGAAAUAUCUUGGAAGUGAAGUCCUGCAUUUCCUAACCUGAGAAGGUUAGUUUGUACACUGCCUGUGUGCAGUGUUAACUGAGGGUCCAUUUUUUUCUCAUUUAAGAAACUGGCUGAGAUUACCUUGGGGAAAAGACAGAUAUUCAAAGACAGGUAGGGUGCUGGUGGUGAGCGAAUGCCAGAUCUGGGCAACUUCCCCUCUGCAAAAGGCUGUUGAAUAUUUGCCAAUUAUUUCAUUGCUAUUCUUUCCAGGGAGGACUCAGAGGGUUAGCCACAGGUUCCACCAUUUUUAUUCACUCCAGAUAUCUAGGUUAGACCUCCUUCUCCACUCUCAGGAUCAAGCCUGUCUUGAGCUAGUGAUGCCCUUUUCUAGAGAGAGGACAUAUUUAUAGGAACAUUAUAACUGGAUUAAAGACAUAGGGAAUGUCUACCACAAUAAUAGUUGCCCAUAGAAAUUCUAUCCACUGACAGAGCACACUGUGGAUGUAGUUUCUGAGAGUGAGGAAUGGCUGUCAGUCCAGCAUCGUGAAGUUUUUCUUCUAGCAUUCAGAUGGAGUGUGUGGAUUCGUCAUCAACUCUUGUUUGCAUGUUCCUUUUGAACAUUGGAUGGAUUCGAGGGCACCAAGAUCCUGGAUGUAAGCUAGGAAAUUUUAUACAUCAUGUUCAGCAGAGAGUCAGGGAGCGGAGGGUCUAAGUCUGUGAGAUGGAAGUAAUGGGGUAUUGCUGACAGUUGAGGGAAAGAGAGGGGCAGGCUUGGAUGAUGCAGACAUUACCAGACAGAGGGGGUCAAGUAGCAGCCUAGAGGUGUGAGCUCGCGGGAUGUACAGGGCUGGAGAGAAAGGCACAGGGAGAGAGAUUAACAGGUUCCUAGAGGUAGGUGAAACCACCAGGUGAGUGUUCAGGACCGAGGACAGAGCUCCGAAGGCGUGGUUAGGAUGCUGAGGUGCGCGUUCAGAACCAAGGACAGAGACUGCAGCGGCUCUUAGACCACCGACCAUGCUAGUUUCAGCUGCACAGCAGCUUUUAUUCUAUUCCCAGCUGUUUUCACACGCAUUCAUUUACAUGUGUGUUGAACUACGCAGCUUUGUCCUAUACCAUGCAUCAUAGUCAAAACAGAGGAUUUCUCCACCAUCCCAAGUCCUCCUUCAUGCCGAUCUGCCUCAUUAAUGCCCGCUAGAGACCACUGAUCUCUGUCCGACUCUGGCUCUGUCACUUUGAGAAUGUUCUAGAAAGGGACGCAUUUCAGUGGCAUAUCUUUUCCUCCCCGGUUAAAUACAAGGCCCCUGGGAUCCACACAAGCAGAUGUUCUUGGAAAUCAUCCAUUCCUCUUCAUUACUGAGCAUCAUUCCAUUGUAUAAAUUCAUUACAGUUGGUUUAACUCCUUAUUCAUUAAAGUAUUUGCGUCAUUUCCAUUACAAAUAAAACUGUUGUCCACA